AUGGUUCUGGUGGCAAGUGGAGCUGAGCAUGAAGAUCUUUUGAAAGUUGUUGAGCCAUUAACUUCUGACCCGCCUAACUUACCACGCGAAGCAGAGCCUAAGUCUCAGUAUACUGGUGGAGAUUUUCGCCACAAUACUGGUGGAGAUUUUUGCCAACAUACUGGUGGAGAGGCUACACACUUUGGGCUUGCCUUUGAGGUUCCCGGCUGGAAGAGCAAGAAAGAAGCACUCAUCGCUUAUGUUCUCCAGAUGCUUAUGGGAGGAGGUGGCUCAUUCUCAGCUGGAGGCCCUGGAAAAGGAAUGCACUCAUGGCUUAGUCUCCGUAUUCUGAACGAAUAUCAGCAAGUUCAGUCAUGCACCGCAUUCACUAGCAUAUUUGGCAACACCGGACUGUUUGGAAUCCAUGGUUGCUCGGUGAGUUCAGCAAGAUCCUGA